AUGCCUCGCUUUGAAGAUUCUGAUUUCGGCGUUGAGGCCACCCCUCCCGGUGCUCGCUCUCCCAGAGAUGCCCGUGGCAGCACUUCCGGCUCCCUCCCUAUCCCCAGCGAUGCUGGCAACACCGUGCAGAUUCCUGCCACCAGAAGCUCCAUCAGCGAUGCUGCGCAGUUCAUGCACAAUCUGAGCUUGUCUCCGUCCAUGCGGGACCGCCGCGGCUCUCGCAACUCCUUUGGCACCUCUCUCCCCAUCCCCAGAUCUCCUCGUGUCUCUCGUCUGUCCUCGGUGCGCAUGGCCGAUGCCUCCUCCGUCUCGCGUGACCUCCUGGCCUCUCAGGUGCAGGACAUGUCCAAGGAGAAGGUGGCUGCCGCCAAGGAUAUGGCCUUUGCCUUUGAUAUCGAUGGUGUCCUCGCGCACGGAAACCACGCCAUUCCCGAAGCCAAGGAGGCGCUCAAGAUGCUGAACGGUGACAACGAGCUCGGCAUCAAGAUCCCGUACAUUCUUCUGACCAACGGCGGUGGUAAGACUGAGGCCGCCCGUUGCGAGCAGCUUUCGGAGGUUCUCGAGGUCCCCAUCUCGACCGACCAGUUCAUCCAGUCCCACACUCCCAUGCAGGCUUUGUCGGAGUACUAUGAGACUGUCCUCGUCUGCGGUGGUGAGGGACAGAAGAUUCGCGAGGUCGCUGAGAACUACGGCUUCAAGAAUGUCGUCCAUCCCAAGGACAUCGUCGCCUGGGACCCCACCAUCUCGCCCUGGAGAAACUUCACUGACGAGGACCGCGCGGAGGCCAAGCCCCGCGACUUCUCCAAGGUCAAGUUCGACGCCAUUCUGGUCUUCGCCGACUCUCGUGACUACGCUACCGACAUGCAGAUCAUCAUCGAUUUGCUGCUCGCGGAGGAUGGCAGGCUGCUGACCCGUGCCAAGGAUCCCGUCGCCUCCCGCAUCCCCAUCUACUUCUCGCAGGGUGAUCACCUGAUGCCCACCGACCACAAGGGUCCUCCCCGGUUGACUCAGGGCUUGUUCCGCAUUUCCAUCGAGGCUCAGUACAAGGCCCUGACCGGCGUCGAUCUCGAGCGUGUCGUCUACGGCAAGCCCGAACGUGCCACCUACACCUACGCCGACGAGGUCCUCAAGGCCUGGAUGGAGGAGAUUCACAACGAGAACCGCCUGCCGAAGAACGUCUACAUGGUCGGUGACAACCCGCAGUCCGACAUCGUCGGCGGUAACAUGUACGGCUGGAACACCUGUCUGGUGCGCACCGGUGUCUUCCAGGGCGGCGACAACGACGAGAACAACCCGGCCAACUUCGGUGUCUUCCCCAACGUUCUCGAGGCCGUCAAGGCGGCUGUCCGCAAGGAGCUGGGCCAGGAAUUUAAGUUCAAGUGGAACCCCAAGGUCAACCCUGUCACCCACGGCGACGGUUCCUCGGCCAUCGAAUAA